UUUUUGUGUGCUUGGGUAACUGAUUUCCUGUAUGACUCUAAGCGUCCCUAUCCGAUUCCGAUAUUGGACGGGCCCUUUGUUUUAGGACCAGAUAUAUAAAUAUGAUGAAGAGGCAAUACCAUGGUAGUUCGUGGUAGCGUAUGUCUUACUGACAUAGUCUUAUAAAAUAUUGUAUGCAACUUACAAUUGUAUUGAUACUUUAACACUUACGAAGAUGACAGUGUUGGAAGUGACAGUAGUGCUGCUUUGUCUAGUGGUGGUCAGUCUGGGCCAUGGUCGUUUGAUGGAUCCUCCCUCCCGAAUGUCGGCCUGGAGAGUUGGCUUCGACGUGCCUACAAACUACAAUGACCAGGGAAUGAACUGUGGAUCUUCUGGGACUCAGUGGGGUCAAAACGGAGGUAAAUGUGGAAUAUGUGGAGAGUCCUGGUCAGCAGUUAAACUUUAUGAAAGACCAUAUGGGUCAAUGGUACAACAUAACAUAAUAACCAGACAGUAUGAAGAGAGCUCAGAAAUUCAAGUCGCUCUGGACAUAACAGCUAAUCAUAAGGGCUGGAACGAGUUUCGUAUUUGUGAUAUCGCCAAAUCUGGUGGAAUUGAAGCCACCCAGGCAUGUUUGAAUAAAACUCUUUUGGCAGAUCGCAGUGGUAAGACUCGAUUUGAUCUUUCAAGUAAUAAAACUGGUUUCUUUUACUACUCCUUGAGACUACCGCCAGGAAUGACGUGCAGUCACUGUGUCCUACAAUGGAAGUGGAAAACAGGUUUAAGCUGGGGUUGCGAUGACCUAGGCUGUGGAAUAGGUCGAGGUGAUGCACAUGAAGAGUUCUACGGCUGUUCAGACGUCAGCAUUGUUCCUAAAGGUUCCAGCGUGAGCAGAGCGCCAACUCAAACCACCAGCAAGUUGUUAAUGUUCAUGAGGACAACUGCAAAGUCCACAGUCAGACCUCAAGGCUAACAUCACACAGUCAGACCUCAAGGCUAACAUCACACAGUCAGACCUCAAGGCUAACAUCACACAGUCAGACCUCAAGGCUAACAUCACACAGUCUACAAACUGAAAUGUUUCCAAGUUUAACAAAAUAAUUGUUAAUAAAAUGCUCAAAAAUAUAUUCCACUGAUUAUACGAA